AUGCAGGUAAAGAAUGGAAGUCCUGGUGAUGUUCUGGACUCGAUUUGGUUGGAACUUCUCCUUGCUAUGACUGGAGAACAGUUUGGGGAUGAUUCGGAUCUUAUCUGUGGUCUUGUCUGUAGUGUUCGCGAAAAGGGUAGCAAGAUAGAAAUGUGGACUAAGGAAUGGAAAGCAGAGGAAGGAAAUAUGCGAAUAGGGUAUAAAUUUUUUCAUAGCAUUUUUGAUACAGUUUUGCACUGCCUGAAUGAGCAGUGCUGUGCUGGUUGUUAA